UCAAUUUGAAGCUCACCGGAUAGUCAUGGUUGGGUCCGGCGGGUGCAAGAAUGGUGCAUGGUCCAAUAUAUCGACGUCUGAAUUUCCGAAGCGUGUCAGCUUCGGGCUGGAAGUGACGUGCGUCGACAAGAACCUUGUCGCCAACUUUGAAGGGAUGGUCGAUGUGAGAGCGGUUAGCACGAGUGGCCAUGCAAGCCUGGGAGUCAGCAAUGCUCUCACGAGCCUUACUAAGAAGCGCAUCCAUCUCCUUUACCCAGUCAUCGAGGGCAGGGCAUUUGGUGUCGGGAUGGAUCUGAGAUGGGCGGAGAAGGUCAGAUGGGACACGAGGAUGGUAUCCCAAGUCACAGUAGUAGGGAGACAUGCCAGUGGCAGGAAGUCAAGGAUAUCCUCGGCUGCAAUAAGGGAAGCACUGCAACGGGCCGUGCGAAGAGCACGCCUGGUAGGAGGACGUGGAGGAGGGGGGUCACGAGAGACGCUAGGCGCGGAAGGAGAAGGUGAGGCCAACAUCAAUAUGCACAACUUCCCCUCGUUUAGCAAGAAGGCCCUAGACCUUGAAGCAAAGAUAGGGCAUGGACAUAUGGAUGGUAGGAAGAAGACAUUGCCUCCCAACUGGAAGGCGAAGGGUCGCAUUAUGUUCGUCAACAACGAUGGUUCUACCAUCGAGUUGGACGACGAGUUCCAGGCGGGAAUAGGUUCAGAGGCUGGCAGCGUAGAAGCUUCAGGGGGUGGAGUAGUCGCUGUCGUAACUCAAAAAGGUGCGCUGAUUACCGAGUUCGAUCUUACGGACGAUGUUACUCGCUCCUUGGUGGAAGCCUAUCGCGAGGACCAGUUCAUGUCGGAGAUCAUACACAGACUUGAGGCGAAGGAUGGGAAGACUUUUGUCGAGUUUGAGUUGGUCAACGGCUUGUUAUUCCUUGAGAAGGCAGGGAAUAAACGGUUGCCACAUCAGCAGAUCACGUCAGCAGGCCACGUCAGCAGGCCACAUCAGCAGACCAUGUCAGCAGGCCACGUCAGCAGUGACACGUCAGCUGAUAGCUGUGCCACGUCAGCAGCGGAACAGUGCCACGUCAGCAGUCCUCUGGCCUGGUCUUUCCUCACGCGCUCUCAAACAGCUGCCAUGGACCACAAGCCAGGGGAAACGGCCGAGGCCUAUCAGGCCCGGAUGCUGGUUUUGAUUACCGAAGCCAAGCAACGGUCGGAUGCGGUAGCAGCCGCAGAGAAGAAGAAGGCAGAGGAUGCCGAGAAAGCACGUUUGCUGGCGAUAGAACAGCAGCGCCAACACGACAAGGCAGCAGCAAAGGCUGCCGAUGAAGAACGCAGUCAACGACGUGAGAAGUACGGGGUGGUGGCUGCCGACUUGUAUACCAAGAUCAGUUGGGAUGAUCUGAAGGCGGUGUGGCAUAAAUGGUUCCAAAUAGAGCCGUCGGAAAUCAAAGCAAUGGACAAAUUGCUGACUUUCGAACAAGGCACGAUGCCGAGCGGCGAUUGGAUUGCCGAGUUCCAACGUUUGGCGUCAACGUCGGACGUACCGAUGGGCUUUACGGCCAUCAAACACUACUUCAUUACGAGGUCGUGUCCGGUGCUGGGCAACGCCUUGACUCACGUUGAGGAGACUCUCACUACAACAGUGGAGCUCUUCAACAAGGUCGCGCAAAUUAUUGUCACGAAAAUGGAGGCCAAAAACCUCAACCGUUCAUUUGCGGCAGGCCCGAGCAAAGAACAACAUCGACCUAAAGUGGUUGUGGUCGCGGCGACAAUGUAGACCGACCCUUCAAGCAAGGUCGUGUCUGCCAAUGAAGGGGACAGAAUUGCAGCCGCCCGUGAUGGUGGUUGCCCCAACAAAGGCCGAGGACGCGA